ACGGAACAGCCGGUAGAGGAGGAACAGCCGAGCUCCGUCGACUGGUGGUCGCCGCCGAGGUCCCCGUUCGGGCUCCUGGAGGAGAUCCUUUGGUCCGACGAGUGGAAGCUCCUGGUGGCGUGCAUGAUGCUCAACUGCACGACUCGGUUGCAGGUGGACAGGGUGCUCUGGCGGCUGUUCCUCCUGGUGCCCACUCCCGAAGACGCCGUAGCGUUGGGAGCGUUGCGCGACGGUGGGAACGACGGUUUCGACGGCAAAUCCGGACUGGACCGCAUAGAGGAGAUUUUGCGUCCGCUCGGUCUACACCGCAAGCGCGCGAGGGCGCUGGUGAAACUGUCCGAGGACUACGUCGCGGCGAGGGGCGCCGCGCCUCUUCCGGGACCGCCGGGCGCGACCGGGUCCGACGACGACGACGACGACGGAGGAGGAGGACGAGGUUCUUUAGGAGGUUUUUUCGGGAGUUCUCGUCGGCUGAGCGCGCCGGUGGCUUCGCUUCACGGCGUGGGCGCGUACGCCUCGGACGCGCACGCGCUGUUCUGCGAGGGCACGCUGGGGGUGGCGCCCAGGGAUCACGCGUUGCGUUGGUGGUACGCGUGGGCGUUGGAACGAAGGGAGAGCGAGCGCAGGGAACGAAGGGCGGCGCGGGGUUGAGUCGCGGCAGGGUAACAACGCAAACGCGAAAAGUGCCUAAAGAUC